CAAUGAUUUUUAUCUUCAAGAAAUAAUCAACCUUUUUUUAUAUAAAAUCAACCAUUUUUUUAUAAAUUUAGUGAAAAAUAAAUUCUCGUAUGAGAUUCAUUCAAAAAAAUUAACAAAAAGUCUAAACUGCAUUCCAAUUUUGAUAAUUUUGUAAAAAUGGAUAGAAGAUCCAGGAGUAUUGAGUCUCCUCGCAGGCAUAGAAUCCGUCGGGAUCAUAGACGCUAUAGUCGAUCUCGUUCGAGGUCAAGAAACCAAAGUAGAGAACACGAAUAUAGACGUAGAUCCAGAUCACCACCUCCAAUGCCACGUUCCCGUAGUCGGGAACGUUUUUUUCGUCGAAGUCCCGAACAAGAUCUUUAUCGCGAACUCAUUUACGAUGAUUAUCAUCAUCAUCAGGACGAAAGCAGAAUGAUGCAUCAUCAUAAUAUGGGUGGUGGAAUUGGUCGUAUUGAACGCAUUGAUGAAAAUGAUGCACGUUACAUGGAAGAGAGAUUCAAUCAGGAACGAUAUGAGGAACAAAGAGAGAAAGAGUUUCGCCAACAUCGAAAUGGUGGUGGUGGAGGUGCUAGUGGUCCUGGUUUUGCUGAUGAUAUGGAUAGACACUUUGAAGAAAGACACAAAUCUCGGGAAUAUGACCGAGAUAGGGAUCGGGAGAGAUUUGAUCAAGGAAGGCGGGAACACCGGGGACAUCGCCACACGAAACGAUAUCAUUCACCGGAAAGAGAUGAUAAUAGCGAUGGCUAUGAUGGCAUGGGUAUGAAUCAUGAAUUUGACUUUCGACAUCAAUCUCCCAACAAUACAGUCAUUGUUCGAGGACUUCCGCCGCAUGUUACUGAAGCAGAUAUAGGCAGCGAUUUAAUGCAGUGCGGCUUAUGUUCAACAUCCAUUCGUCUGAUUCGCAAAAGAAAAUCGGGAUCUAAUUUAGGUGCAUCUCGAGGUUUUGCUUUCGUCGAGUUUAGAACCGUUGAUGAAGCCGUUCGCUGGAUGGAUUUGAAGCAGGGUGUAUUGAUGUUGCAAAAUCAUCAACAGGCCGUUAUGCACUACAGCUACUCAAAGGAACCGCUUAAUAAGGAUAAACCAAUAACGGACUGGUAUUGUGCAAAGUGUGGCGUUUUCAAUUUCAAGAGACGUGACAAAUGCUUCAAAUGUUGUGCAUCCCGUGAAGAAAGCGAAAAAGGUGGCGAAGGCAGCGAUGAAGUUAGCAACAUUCUAACUAAAAAAAUUAUGCUACGUAAUUUGGAUGUGCUUACCAACGAGGAAGGAGUUCUCACCAAAAUGCAAGAAGUUGUUCCCACGCUGGUCUCGAAGAUCUCUAAAAUACUUGUUUGUCGUGAUCCCCUAACGCAGACAUCUCGUGGCAUUUGCUAUCUAAAUUUUGAUAAUUUGGUGGACUCAAUGAAUACACAUAAUGCACUUAAUUCACUGGAACCACCUUUGCAAAUCGAUAGCCGAGAGGUUUUGAUAUCAUAUUGCGUGGACUCGGAAAAUCGUCAAAUAUCUCGAGGUCCAAGCAAUAACGUCAAAGUAACUCAGGAUGCCAUAGCGACUGUGGCCAAUGCUAACCCGAAUACGUAUCAAUAUACGGUUGCUGAUGUGCCUCGAUUGGCCGAAUACAGUGCCUCGUUGUAUGCCUCGACGCCAGCUGAACAAGAACACUACCUGAAAUAUUACACGCAGUAUUACAUGACGGAAAUAUCAAAGGGACAGUUCGGCAACCUUCCUUCGGUUAAUCAGCUGGGCGAGUCUGCCAAUUCGGGUGCCGCUGUGGCAUUGUCGGCCAUUCAGAGAAAACAGAGUAAGAUGAAGAGUAUUGAAACGACGGCAACACAGGCAGCUGCAGCAGCGGCAGCCGCAGCAGCUGCAACCAAAGCUGCCAUAGCAGCUGCAACUGUUGUUCCACCAAGAGGCAACGACGAUAAACAAUAUCCUACACCCGAUGUAUCCCUGUAUCAAUAUGACGAGACUUCAGGAUAUUACUAUGAUCCCUCGACUGGCCUUUAUUACGAUGCCCAUUCCCAAUACUACUACAACAACGAAACCGGCGCAUACCUCUACUGGGAUCAGGGAAAAAGCACAUAUGUGUUGGCAACAGCAGCAGCUGCUCAAGCUGCAGUUCAAAACACGUUAAAAGAAACUGUCCCAACUGCACCGAAGCCUCCGGAAUUCGAUGAUCACAAAAAAGAAAGUAAACGGGAUAAGCCGGACAAAGUAAAGGUGGCAAAGAAAAUUGUUAAAGACAUGGAGAAGUGGGCUAAGCAACUGAACCAAAAGAAAGAUAUGGUUUAUGUGGCAACGCCGCAACCAAUUUUACCUCAGAAAACAGAGGAACCAACAGUUAAACCACUCGCUAGUGGUUACGCAGAUGUAGGUUUCUCUAUUUUGGAAAAGAAGGACCGACCAAAACUUACAGAAUAUGCUAGUCCAAGUAUGAGUAAACUGGUGCCCUCAUAUGCAUCUGAUUCAGAUGAUCAUGAAGAUCAUUCGCAUCACAAUCAACAACAAACGCAACCACAAAUGGAAAGUGAAAAAGAUUAUGUUGAUUUUCAGAAGUUGACUUGUUUACUGUGCAAGAGAGCCUUCCAGUCCCUUGAUAUUUUAACCAAGCAUUUGAAAAUGUCCAAAUUGCACAUGGAAAAUCUGCAAAAGUACAAUAUGUCAAGGGGUAUAACGGACACAGAUGAACAAAAUGCAUUAUCAUACCGCGAUCGAGCUAAAGAAAGACGUUUGAAAUACGGCGAAAGUGAUCCACCUCCACCGAAUCGCAGUAAAGAGCGUUUCGUGAAGGAGCUAAAACAUAUGACUAAAUCCAAUAAGCCUCGACAGCAACAACAGCCUGUCUUACCGAUUGGUGAGAAUAAUGUUGGUAAUCGACUGCUUCAGAAGAUGGGAUGGUCGGAGGGUCAGGGUCUUGGUCGAAAAAAUCAAGGACGGACGAAUAUUAUUGAGGCUGAUGCCCGAUCAUCAACUGCUGGGCUAGGGACAAAAUCAGGAGGUUUUGCACCUGGCGAUGACUAUAAAUCCUAUAUUAAACGCAUGAUGCAAUCACGAUAUGACUCUGCCGAAAUUAAAUAAAUUAAUUACACAUGUAUGCUUUCAACUCUAGAUUAUAUUGAAUUAGUU